AUGGAGAUCGCACAUACUCUGUUCGCCCGGAUACCUGUGAUAUCCGCCACCCAGAAAGGUCCUGUUGUCAAUUUGGUGUCAUGGGUUGCUAUGACUACUACAUGUCUGGCGGUCAUUACUGUCCUCAUUAGUAAACUGAUCGUUCUGAGGAGACUGGUGUGGAAUGAUGCUAUCAUCAUUGCAGCCAUGCUAUCUUCCAUCGGAUUCACCAUUGCCAUCAAUAGCCAAGUAAGCCAUGGUCUAGGCUCCAAAUUGUCGACCGUCUCAAGUGCGGAGUACGCGGGCUUUCAAAAGGCUGGAUAUGCGUGGAAUAUCCUCUAUAUUGCUAGCUUGGCCUUCAGCAAGGCUUCUACCCUCUCCCUUCUUAUCGCAUUGUCACCAAAUAGGACCUACCGUGAUCCCAUGCUGGCCGUGGGUGGGCUUAUUGCUGUCUGGGCUUUCACUGCCGUCAUUGGGAGUGCAUUCCAAUGUGACCUUCCACACCCGUAUUUCAUCACUACCAACGAGUGUUUCAGUCAGGUCGGGUUCUGGGACGCAAUCGGUGUCAUGGAUAUCUUAAGCGACUUCACCAUCAUGGCUCUUCCCGUGAUAUUGGUCUACAAUCUACAGCUGUCUUUGCAAAAGAAAGUCGCAGUCUGCUUCGCCUUCUCGUUCCGCAUUUUCGCUGCCGGCUGCACGAUAUGGCGCUUGAGCGGAAUGCAUAAAUUCUACGACCGAGACGCAGACAUCACUUUGGACAGCUGGCUACCAACCAUUGCGACCAUUUUGGAAGUCUUCUUCGGCGUCUUCUCAGCAUGCGUUCCUCAUCUGAGACCGUUCAUGGAAUCGAUCCAGGCCGGCUAUCUUUCUGGGGUGAUCCAAGAAGGAGACGGACGCUUCGGCUAUGGCAACGACAGCUAUUUAAUGGGCAAGAUGGCUCAGAGCAAAGCCGCCUCUGCGAUCCGAAGCCAGGCUCUCAAGACCGAGGCUCGAAGUGAUAGCUUCGAACUUCCCCAUCAGAGAACUAAAGGGGUCGAAGCCGCCGACCGUCAUGGUAUCGGCCAUGCUCUGACCAGCAGUAACCGCGUCGUGAUCAAUACCGUGCGAGGCGGUGCGAAGGUGGAAAAGGACAGCACCGGAUCAGUACCGGAGAGGAACAGGAGUGAAAGUAUAGGGUCUGACGGUGCCAGAAGUCAUGUGAGUGAUGGCAGCAAAGCUAUGAUCAUUAAGACCACAAAGGAAUGGAGCGUGAGAUACCAGGAUGUAUGA